UCACCCUUUUAAUUUCUCUAAACCCUAUUUCAAGCUCACCCACCCCCUCCCUCCCAUUACAAUCCACUGCACUGCCGCUCGCCGGACGCCGCUCCAACCCGGCAUAAUCUCAGCCCCCGCCACCGCCACCGCCACCGCACUCUGCACUUUCACCUCUCGCCUCUCCUAGCAACCAUAGUUGCUUAUCUCUGUUGUUUUUUCAGGCCCUAAUCCGUGCCAUCGAGUUGCAGGGGGUAAAUCUUAAUGGCUGGCAGAAAAUUGGUUCGGGAUAUAUUACUCUCAAGACAAAGUAUUGUUUAUCAGUUUACUUCCCAUGGGAGCUCCUGCACGAGAUCACAAUUGCUAUUACCAAGUGGUUAUUCCAUCAAUCGUAGAUUCAGUGUAUUCAACGAGUUCUCAAAGAAAGUGAAAGGAGAAGCUGACAAAAACACAGAAUUUCAACAAUCUGUCAAAGAGUUGAAGGAGAAGGCAGAAGAACUUAAAGGUGUGAAGGAAGACCUAAAAGUUAGAACAAAGCAGACAACUGAGCAGAUUUACAAGCAGGUGGAUGGCGUUUGGUCUGAGGCUGAGGCUACUGCUAGAAAGGUUUCCGCAGAUGUCAAAGAGAAACUAUCUGCUGCCACGGAGGAGGUAAAAGAAGCUUUUGGAUUCAGUCCAAAAAACUCUUCUGGAUCUACUUGUUCCUCAACUGAUCAUGGUGCUGAUGCAAAAAAACAUGGAAGUGAGGCCAGUUCUGAGAAUGCCAAAGACCAACAUCCUGGUUCUAGUGGAUCCUCCGAAACAUUUUUUGGAAAAUUUAAGUCCAGCAUUCCUUCACCUGGUAUAUCCUCUGCAUUUGAACGGUUGAAAAGCACAAAGUUAAUUGACUUAGCAAAGAGAGGAUGUGAAAUUGUAAAGGAUGAGUUGAGUGGAAAACCACAUAAGAAAAAGCAUUUAGAAUAUGAGGCUUCAGCCUCACCAAAAGUUGAAAGAAGUACAAGAACCGAUGUUGUUGUUUUGCCAUCGAAGCAGUCUCGAUGGAGUAAGAAGUGGGAGGCAUUCAGGGAGAAGAUGCAAGGCCAUCCCGUAUACAAGCGUGUUACAGGCUAUAGUGAACCUGUAAUUUCAAGAAGUCAGGAGAUGGCUGAGGGCCUUCGUGAAACGUGGGAGACAAGCGAUAACAUUAUCGUUCAAAAAAUUCAGGACAUAAAUGAAACCGUGUUUCAAGAAUCAGAUGCUGCUACAUCAUUCAAGGAAAUUCGUCGUAGAGAUCCGUCUUUCUCUUUACCAGAUUUUGUAGCUGAAGUUCAAGAAGUAAUCAAACCGGUGUUAACUUCCUAUAUAAAGGGAGAUUCUGAAACUUUGAAGAAACACUGCAGUACUGAGGUAAUUGAACGUUGUAAAGCAGAGCAUCGAGCUUACCAGAGCCAAGGUAUCUUCUUCGAUAACAAGAUUCUGCACAUUUCAGAUGUUGAGGUGCGGGAGACCAAGAUGAUGGGAAGCACUCCCAUUAUCAUUGUAGCUUUUCAAACGCAACAGGUCUACUGCGUACGUGAUGCAAAUGGAUCAAUUAGAGAAGGUGGUAAGGACACUAUCCACACUGUAUAUUAUGCAUGGGCAAUGCAAAUGUUGGAUCCUGAAGAAGUUGGAGAGGGAGCUUUACAUGCUAUUUGGAGGAUUAGGGAAAUGCAGCAAUUUGGUGUUCAAGCGCUCAUCUAAGUCGUGCCUGCCUCCCCCUUUUGUUUUCUUCUCAAGACUCCUAACUUCAUCCAUCCACACUAUUAUUUCUCCUCUAAUAUAUCCUCUGGUUUUUGUUAGCUUCCAGAGAAUACUACUUUUCUUCUCUUCUUUACUUUUUUCAUCAUUUUUGAUUCAUAAAAUUGGGGAAUUAGUCAAAUUUUCUAUAGGAAUUGAAGCAAAUCAUUCCCAAUUCUAUUACAAAAUUUCGUUUCCUAAAUGCCUUGGGACUUGUGAACCAUCUGAUUAUCUUUGUUACUGCUUUCAUCAA